AUGAAAACCAAAAGCGUUCUUCCGCCCGAAGUUAACUUAGUUCGGUACGACAAGCCGGAAUUGGUCGUCAAUAAGUCUAAACCGGUUUCAGCUAAAAGUGAAAACGCGCCGUCGAAGCCAAAGGUGUGUUCUUGGGACUUGGGAGACGAUGCUGACGAGGAAGUUAAUUCGGCCACCGUGCUUGGCUGUAUACUGCCGCCUAGGGAAUGGGAAGAAAACGGCAAGUUUUGGAGACAGAAGAUAUCCAAUCAGCCGGCUACCAAGAUGGACGUGAAGAAGUUGGCCGACGAUUUGGAUAUGUACCUGAAGCAAUAUCAGGCGAGGGAAGUGGGCAUUUGUCCCGUAAGACGGGAACUGUACAGUCAAUGCUUUAACGAGAUAAUCAGACAAGUGACGAUGAACUGCGCUGAACGUGGUUUGAUGUUAAUAAACAUUCGCGACGAGAUCAACAUGACCAUCGACGCUUACCAAGAACUCUACGAGAGCUCAAUAGCGUUUGGCAUUCGCAAAGCAUUGUUGAGCGAACACAAAAAAGCGGAAUUGGAGAAAAAAAUCGAAAAGCUGAGAGCAGAAAAUAAAGAAUUGGAAGAGGAGUUGGCCGAAACUAUUGCAACGACGGAGAAAGUGGAAAGAGAAUCGGCCGAAGCCCGUGCCAUCGAGGUGCAGCGACAAGCAGAAGAAUUGAACGCAUUGAAAAAAGCCAAUCAAUUGAUUAAAGUCCAAUUGGAAUCGAUAAUAGCACCAAAGAGGCAUAAUUAACUUACCAGAAAUUUCAUGGUAAUAUUCAAAAUAAACG